AUGGAUCAGUCUCGGCCUCGCAGAACGCAGGGUGGCGGAACCCUAGUGCUUGGUGAUUCCGUCGACCCUGCAAAGAAAUGUGCCAACAAGAAGGCUGUGUGCGUCUACGGGGAUAGUCACGCAAACCGCAAGACCGGAGCGAGCUUGUUCUCUCACAUCACGUCACUGCUCGAAAACGGCCUGAUCACGGUUAAUGGUCCGAAUCGUGUUGAGGUCUUGCCUAAUGGAUUGGCGAGAAUUCAGGACGGCGAGGCGAGGCAUACGAACAAUGAGGCGAGCAGUGUGAAACUCGUUGUGCACCCUCAGGAGACGUUGCAGGCUUGUAUUGGUUAUGCGGUACGGAUAAAUCGUGCAUCGGUAUGA